GUGACUCACUCAAAGCAUGAAUUGUGGUACGUGUUUGGGAAAGAUAUUGCCUGAUUUAAUAGAAUUAAUUUCUUGCAGUCAUGGAGUAAAAACACUAAUUCAGGUUUAUAUUGCAGGCUGAAUUUUUCAGUGCACUUGCUGCUGAGGUUUUCCCAGAUAGCUAAUGAAUGAGGGGGAGGAAGGGGAAUGCAUGCAAGUCAGGUUGGAGGAGGAUGCUGUUACCAAACAUGAAGUGUCAUGGAGCGCUUAUGGAUGACCUCUCUUUGAGCUCCUGUGUUGACUGUAAUGACUAAGGCUGAGGCCUGGUCAGCUUGGAGACUGAUUUAAGUUACUGGGGGGGGGGUAGCUGAGGCAAACCUCCAUGAUGGAGCCUAGGGUCUUGCUGUCUGACCCCUCCCAGGUACAACUGUGUCAUGAAUGUGGCCAGGCUCAUGACACGCAAGAGAACCAUCUGUAUGAGUACAAGGAUGAAGUGGAUGAUGAGCUGGUGUGCCACAUCUGCCUGCAGCCUCUACUCAGUCCCCUGGACACACCCUGUGGCCACACUUACUGUGCUCGCUGCCUCAGUGACUUUCUGCGGGAGCAGGACUUCUGCCCUAUGGACAGACAGCGGCUGCAGCUGCACCAGUGCCGGCCUUCCAGCCUGCUGGUGCGCAACCUGUUGGACAAGCUGAUUGUGUGCUGUCCCUUCCAGCCCCAAUGCAGCCAUCCCAUGCAGCGCUGUGAGCUGCAGCCACACUUGCAGAACAGAUGCCUGGGGUUCCGGGAGAAGGUGGAGCCAAAGAUAGAGCCUACCUGGAACAAAUUCAGUGGGAUUGAAACUGUAGGGGAACUAGCCACCAAUGCAGAGCGCUUGCCUGUGCCGUCACACUCAACUCCAUCUUGUGGACCUCCAGAGCCCGGCCAUGUCAACCCUGGCUUUGUAGAGGCCGAGGAUGAAGCACCCCUCAGAUCCAGCCUGCUUGCGGAGGCUAGUGUGGUGGAGAUCUUCCGGGAAGACCCCAAGGAGAAACUGGGAGCACACAUUGUGGGUGGAAAAGACACUCCGCUGGGAAACAUUGUGAUCCAGGAGGUCCUGCAUGAUUCGCUGGCAGCCCGUGAUGGCAAACUGGCUCCUGGUGACCACAUCCUAGAGGUGAAUGAUGUAGCCAUGUCCUCCAUCACCCACCAGCGAGCUGUGGAGAUACUGAGACGCCCUUGCUCCCUGCUGCGCCUCACCAUCAUGCAGGAGAAGGGCUUCUCCCCUCGGCGUGGCCGGCUCGAGUGCCAAGCUGUGCCUUCUUCUAUUCCAGCCCCUGGAAGCCAUGCCCAUGCAAACCCUGCUGGUGUUGUUCAGGUGACGCUGACAAAGAGAGAGCGUUCAGAGCCACUAGGCAUCAAAUUGAUUCGCAAGUCAGAUGCUCCUGGUGUCUUCAUUCUGGACCUGCUGGCUGGGGGUGUCGCUGCCAGGGAUGGAAAGCUGCGCAACUCUGACAAGGUGUUGGCCAUCAAUGGGCAUGACUUACGACACGGAACCCCAGAGGGUGCUGCCCAGAUCAUACAGGCCAGUGAAAUGCGUGUGAACUUUGUGGUGAUGAGGCACACCGAGGUCGCAGAGGAAGGUGGCAGCAUUGGGGACAGCAUGAGCAGGGGGACAAGGAGAGUUCCUGAACCACAGUACUACAGGCGCUGCUCAACCUAUUCAAAGGAUCUCCCGGGAGGUUUCUCCAGCCAGGAGAAGACUGUGAGUCUAAAGAAAGAGCCACAGCUCUCUCUGGGAAUCACCAUUGCUGGCGGACGAGACUGCCGCAGCCGCCUGCCCAUCUUCAUUACCAGCGUGAGACCAGUAGGGUGCCUGUACCGUGAUGGCACCAUCAAAACAGGUGAUGUGCUCUUGAGCAUCAAUGGAGUAGACCUGACCCAGCUGACCUAUAGUGAGGCAGUAUCGGUGCUGAAAUCCCAGACAGCCCAGCCCACGGUGGUGUUGCGUGUGGUCCGGACCAUCACUGAAGGAGCAGAGGAGGAGCAGCAGGAGGAGAAGGAUGAGGGUGAGGAGCAGGCAGAGGAGGAAGAGCAAGGAGCAAAGGAAGAACCAGAUCCAGCAGAGAAUCUCAGAGAGGAAAGCAGGAAAUGGGUGCCACUCUGGACCCACUGGUUGGGUCUGCCUAGUCACAUGCACUGGUGCCGCAAUAUUGUUCUGCAUAAGACCAACAGUGAGAGCUGGGGAUUCAGCAUUGUAGGUGGAUAUGAAGAAAGUCAUGGUCAGCAGCCCUUCUUCAUAAAGACCAUAGUGCCUGGAACUCCUGCCCACUUAGAUGGGCGUCUCAAGUGUGGGGACGAGAUUGUGGCAGUGAAUGGAGCAAGUACCGUGGGCAUGAACAACACGUCGCUCGUCCCCUUGCUGAAGCUGCAGAGGAACAAGGUCACGCUGACGGUGGUGUCAUGGCCAGGAAGUCUGGUCUAACCCCCACCCCCUGUCAUGCCCCACCCCCUAGUGGCCAGGGUCCUAACUAUCCUGUCACAGUUACCAACACAUUCUUGAUCCAUCCAGAGAGCAGUCUCUCCCUUACUCUCUUGAGUUACCCCCAAAGAUGGGACACACUGGCAUCCUACAGCUUUGGGAAGAGUCCUGUAAUUAAAGGAGUUGAUUUAUUUGCCUUAUUUUCUUUUUAUCCCACUGCUGUGGUGAAUUUCAGGGGGCACAGCUUUGUUUCUCCCACUUACAGCAGAAUGACUUUGAGCAGAAAUGUCCAAAUCAGCAUCUCCAAACUGGCACAUGGGAGGAGAACAGGGAGGGAAAACAAGGCACACAUCAGCAGCACAGUCAAGGCACAGUGAGAAUGGUGUGUGGAUGUUUCUGUGAGUGGAGCCUGUGUUUGCCCCCAGAUGGCUACAGAUCCUAGGAAGUUCUACAUACAUCAGGUAGUCCAUUGCUUGCCUUGUCCCUAGCUUGUAUUUUAAAUCCUGUUGGUAGGUGGUGAUAUUAAUUUUUCUUGUUAAAUGACACACAUUGGUUGAAAGUCAUGUUUCUCUAGAUGUGGACAUUUUUAACUAACAGUUUUCAGAUGGAUUGUAGAAAAUGGUUUUGCAGCAAUAGUUUAAGAUGCGGAUGUGAUGCAUGUAACACAUUCAGUUAUGUUAUACCAAUAGCCUUAGUACUCUUCAGUGCAAGUGCUACAUUUGCUGAUACAAAGAUGAAUGUUUGCAACAUGGAACUAAAGUCCUACUGUUGCUUUAUAGUUAUAGUAUUAACUCUCCUAGUUGUAGUUAUACAUUGUCACAUUUUUGUAUCGUAUGUGGUAGAAUAUAGCAAUAGCACACGUGUUGUCAUCAGGCGUUAUGCUAAUCCUACUUAAUCAGGGCUGCAUUAAUCUCUAUGCAGUGCACUGUUCUGAUUGUUGGCUCAUUAAGCUGGGUGCCUUAGUUUUGUUUAUGAUGUCCGCCUUACUAGAAAAACCAGAGUUCUUUUGACUCAACCCAUCCCCUCCCUGACUUUGACCAGAGCAGUAUGCAGGUGCAGUUUUCUUCAACUGCAUGUUGUCUCCUAUUUUUGUUUUGACAUUGAUGCACAGAAACCUUGUGCCAGUGCUGUGCACAUGAAAUACUGAAGUCAUUGACAACUGAUGUGUAAAACACUACCACAGUGUAAUCACUCAGCCAUUUCAUUGUUGCAUAUGUGCACCUUAAAUUACCUUUUUUUUUUUUUUUUUUUUUUAUUAAUCAUGUGAAGCACCCAGGGAACCUUAUCUUAGGCAUCAAAUGGCCCCCUCCGCUGUUACAUCACUAUUUAUUUAUGACUGUAUGUACAUUACCAGGGACUAUGCCAUGUUCCUAAACAUAUUUACCACCAUUUCACACAGACUGAAGAAGUUUCGACAUAUAUCUAAGAUCUGCAUCAAAUUCCUAUAUGCAAUACUGUAUCCAUUGGCCAAGAUGGUUUUCCAUCUAUUUUCCCUUGAAAACCGAUCAUGGAGUCACUGUAACAGGAACGUGAGGGCUGUGCUAUGCAGACGUACGGCUGCCUCAUCUCCUUCCGUAAGAUAUCUGUAUGGAACCAGUACGAGACACAACUUCGGUCUGUAUGAGGAUGAAGAACCCGUGACAAAGACCUUUAGUUUGGCUAAUCUAUUUUAAACGGGUGCUGCUGCUCUGCGCAGCAGAAUUUUGAGAACCUGGGUGUUUUGUCAUCUAAUUUAAAAGAAUCUUCAUUUUAACAAAUGAUCAAAAAAACUUACAAAAAAAAAUCCUGUGAAAUAAAGCCCAUAAAUUACAGCAUUAAAUAAUACGGAUUUAAGGUGAAAAGUAGAAUAGAUGUUCAGUGAGAAAGGCAUACAACAGGCAAUAAUGGUAUGUCUCUUAAGUUCCCUACAGACUUUUGAUAUGUGAUCAUCACUAUUUCACCAUGAGACAAAACAGGGAAAAAAAAAAGUAUGAAAGUGUGAGAGAGUAUGGUCUUAUGCACAUGACAGAAGCUGGAGAUCUAUUGUCUUGUAUUGUACCACCAUGGAGGAUUUGGGAAGGUGGUGGAACACAUCUACACUCACAUUCUUUAUGACUAUUGCUUGGUAACUGGAUUUACAGAUGUUUAUGGCUCUACCAGUCAAUGAGAUAAAGGCCCUUAAGUGGAGAACUUUCUGUAGGGUCAAGUUUUUUUUAAUACAGAACAAAUACACUUGACUCUGAACAACUUAAAAAGCUGUUGGUAACUAAGAACUUGACAGCUUUAUGAACAUUGACUCAUUUAUCAUCACAAAAAAUGUAAUGCAAACAGUAAACCAAUGUAUAUAUACAAAACACGAAUUACUACCAAAAAGUAGUGAAAAGGAUAAAAUAAACAAAGCCUCCAGCAUAGGAGACUGCCCCCUGGAGGUUGCUGCCAGGACUGGAGUGACAAAGCGCAACAGAAAGUUUAGCAUUUUUCAACACCUAAAACUUACUGUACUCUCUCUGCUGUUUUGGUCAUUAUUGCACUGUCCUUCCUCUGUCUGUUUUAGGGUACAAAAACUAAACAGGUGACAUUGAUUCUGAUGGGUGGGGUAACAUUAUGUAUUUCCUUUGGAUAUUGGUUUCAUAACCAUAGACAAUAUUUUGUAGAAAUGUCCUAAAUACCAUGGUAUCCUCAUCACCUUUGGAAAUGUCUAACUACUGUAAACAGUGUUUUCUCCUGAUAGUUUAAACCUUAGACAUGUGGAUAAAUCAGACAUGUUAUAAAAUAAUGUUAUUCAAUUUCUUUAAAAGUGUGGUUUUUGUAUUUUUUUUUUCCUUUUCACAAGAUAUUUUAAAAAGCAACGACACUUGCACUGUAGACCAUUUCAGUUGCACAUCAGUGUUUGUCUAUCACAUCAUAAUACUCUUAAUAUGUUAAUAGCUGUGAAAGUUUCCUGUUUAUUGUUGAGAUUCUUCAUACCUGUUAUUUUUCUGAGACUAUUCUGCAAUUACAGCUAGAAGAAACUUUUAAAACAGCCCCAGUUUGAAAUUACAAGUAAAAAAAGAGAUCGAACACUUCCGUCUUUCAUUUUCAUAGCUCCAACCCUGAGGUACAGCCAUUUUAAUUUUCCCACUGAGCUCAGGAUUGAAGAGACCAAGGGCAGCCUGCACUCCUUACCUGUUUCCCAACUCACAUGUGGAAAUAACUCAUAUUCUCUCAGAGGGGCCUAAUCACUAUCAUUCAUGAUUAUAUAACCAGUAAUUAAUUAAAUAAAAUACUGGAGAGAAAACUUAAGUGUUCUACAAAAGCUGCAGCACAGUGGUGUUCUGUUGUAUUUUUCACAGGAAGAAAUUUCUGUUGCUCUUAACAUAAGAGGUCAAAAAUACAAAUCUGCUAAAUAACCUGCAGAGGAGCCUAAACAGUAUAUAACUCAAAGAUGUAAAAAUAAAAAUUAAAAAAAAGGAUCUUACUGUGAGUUACCUUUCUAACGAUUAUUCUGAGAGACCACUGUUUUGUAUAGGAUUGUCUUUUAUGAAAAAUUAAAUACCUGUAAUAAAACAUCACCGUAAGCAGCAACGAAAAUAACCAGGAUCCUCUAAUAAAACAGCUACAAAUCAAAGUGUAACAGACAGGAACAAACCACAGUGUAAGGAUGGCAUAAACUGGCAAGAGGAAACACUUCCCAGUAUUCCAGCACAGAAAGACUACAUGCUUCAAGAUA